AUGCUAACGGUGUAUGUAAAUGCCCCUGACCAAUCCUGUCCACGGAACGUCCUCAGCGUGUCCAAUCGCCGUCGGCGGUUUGCCGCAGGCUUCCCACCUCACCCCACCCCACCCCCCGUGACUCUGGUCCAGCAGCCAAUGAACGCGGGGAGCGCCUCGGCCGUUACCGCCGCGCGAGAGGGACCGUUAGCCAUGUCCGCGAGGCCCGCGGCGGCGGCGAGAGAGCCGGGCGCUGAUUGGCUGCCCCCGCGCGCGCCGGGGCAGGCGCCCAUCCGCACGGUGGAGAUGCACGCGGGCGGGGAGCCGCUGCGCGUGGUGCCGCCGGGCGGGCUGGGCCGGCUGGAGCCGCCGCCGGAGCUGCCGCUGCUGGCCCGCCGCCGCCGCCUGCUGGGCGCGCCGGAGCUGGACGCCGCGCGGCGGCUGCUGAUGCACGAGCCCCGCGGCCACCGCGACAUGUACGGCGCGCUGCUGGUGCCCAGCGAGCUGCCCGAGGCGGCGGCCGGGGCCCUGUUCGUGCACCACGACGGCGCCAGCGCCAUGUGCGGCCACGCCGUCCUCUGCCUGGCCCGCUUCGCCCUCGACUACGGCCUCUGCCCGACGCCGCCCGCGCCCGGCCAGGCCGCCGUCACCAUCCACUGCCCCUGCGGGCCCGUCGCCGCCUUCGCCGACUGGGACGGGCAGCGCAGCGGCAGCCGCGUGCGCUUCCACAGCGUGCCCGCCUUCGCCGCCGCCGUCGAUGUAACCAUUGAUGUUCCCGGUUAUGGGAAAGUGGUCGUCGAUAUUGGAUACGGUGGCACUUUCUAUGCAUUUCUCAGUGCUGACCAAUUGGGGCUCGAUGUUUGUUCUUCAAAGAUUAAGGACCUGGUUGAUGCAGCAUCUGCAGUAACUGAAGCAGUAAAGGCUCAGUUCAAAGUUCACCAUCCUAUCAUUGAAGACGUGGCUUUCAUUUAUGGGACUAUACUGACUGAUGGAAAAGAUGAAUUUAGUGAUGAACCAACAAGCAACAUAUGUGUGUUUGCAGAUGCACAGGUUGACCGAAGCCCUACUGGGUCAGGUGUGACAGCUCGCAUCGCCUUACAAUAUCAUAAAGGACUAAUCAAACUGGAUCAGACCAGGACCUUCAGGAGCAGUUCAACUGGUUCCUUGUUCACCGGGAAAGCAAUAAAGGAAACCAAAUGUGGUGACCACAAUGCUGUUAUAGUAGAAGUCUCAGGAGAAUCCUUUUAUACUGGAACAUCAACCUUCACUUUCGAAGAAGAGGACCCCCUGAAAUAUGGUUUCCUUCUCAAGUAACUGGGCUGCUAUUCAGAUUCUCUCGAAUAACCCUGAUGAAAAUGGUGCAUGUUCUGUUGCUGUUUUUAAAUUUGGGCACUGCCCUCUAUUUCUUACUGGUAGUUAAUACUCAGAUUCAAUUUCAUAUACAAUUCUGUAAGUUUCUGCAUAACAACUAACAAGUUCCAGGAAUAACAACAAACAAGCUAAGUAAAGAAUAUGUUAAAAGUAAUUUCCUGUAAUAAACCCUAUUCACAAAUUUAA